UCAGGCGUUCGCAACGGAGAGACAUAAACAUUACGUCACGGAACUCACCCGUCGAGGACAAGUGCGCCAUUUUGGCUCAAACAAAGUCAGAAACAUUUUAUUUCUGGUGGACUAUUUCAAAGUGAACUUGUUUAUCACGGUCACGGCAGCUACAGCACAGAACCCUGGUUUCGGCGAGUGAAAACUGAACCCUAAUUUAAUUUAUUUUGGCGUUGUUUUGACACCGCGAAACUGUCGGUGCACUAGAGUAAAAAACCCCAGCUGGGCUCCACUGCCAGCGAAGGUAACGUUUUGCUAAAUUUAGCCUGGGUGUUGUGAAGUCUCACAAUGGGUGGCUGCUCCGCUCCAAACUGCUCCAACUCCACCACCAUAGGGAAGCAGCUGUUUAGGUUCCCCAAAGACCCUGCCCGUAAGAAAAAAUGGGUGGUGAACUGUCGCCGUGACUUUGUACCAACUCCUCACUCCAGACUGUGCCAGGACCAUUUUGAGCAGAGCCAGUUUGAGGAGAUCGCCAGGUCUCCAGCUGGGGGGAAGAAGCUGAAGCCCAACGCCAUCCCCACUCUGUUCAGUGUGCGAGACCCUCCCUACCCUGCCGUCACCGCUCCACACAUCUUGCUGCCUCUGAAACCGGAGCCAGUGGAGAAGGAUCUGAAUUUUGGGGACCAUGGCUACGCCAGACGCACCCCUCUGCCCGGCCUGGAGGAGGAGGAGGCGGACCGGGAGGCCGAGGAGCAGCAUCCCUGCACGCAGUGUCAGCUCCUCAAGAAGCAGCUGGAGCAGGAGAUGCAGCACACUGCCAGGCUACAGAAGGAGGCAGAGGAGAUGAAAAAGCGUCUGUAUCGGCUCGACCGGAUCGAGAAGGGCCUCCAGAACUUCCUGUACGAGGACCAAAUCCGUGCCCUGUCCCUUACCAAGCGCUCCCGACGUGCCGUCUGGUCCCCAGAGACUGUGCUGAGGGCGCGAAAGAUCCGCUGUGCGGUCGGCACCAAGGGCUACGAGUACCUGAGAGAGCUUGGGUACCCGCUGCCCUCUUACAGGACCCUUUGCAACCGCCUGGAGACAAAGAUCAUGGUGACGACGGACAUGAGCUGCGAGGAGCUGGCGGAGCUGGGCCUGGGGCUCAUGGCCACCUGCGACAGCCCCACAGGAGUUUCUAAGGACAACGAUGAAGAGGAACUGUUAGGGGUUUGUCCCGAGCGUGCUGGCUUUCCCUCGUGCCAUUUUGCAUACCCAGCUGAAUCAAAACAAGGGAGGAACACGCAAAAUUUGCUGCCUUAAAAAUAUUGGCAGAAACAAACGUCAAGUGAAAGAAUAUAGUCACCUUUGUCUUGAUGGCUCUCGUCCACUGCAGGCAAUACAUCUUUAAGAUGAGGGGGCCUGCUGCUGCUGCUGUGUGAGGAAUGUCAGAUGAUGCUUCUCUUGACAGGACCUGCAACUUGACUCAUUUGAAAUGUCACACGGUGCUUCAGUUCUGCAAGGAAGCACCAUGAAAGCAUGUCUUGUUGAAACAGUGAUCUGAGAUGCAAGGAGAGCCCAGGUUUAUGCUGUCGGUGCUUUCCUACCAUGAAAAUGCCAACCUACAGGCUUGUAUCCUGAGAAGAAAUUGUAUUGCAUUGUAGGUGAUCAGCUGUGUCAAGAGGAGACGAGACAGUGUAGGCUCUGGCAGAGCAGAGAGGGCCACUGAGAGGGCGACAGUCUGAAGAGACGUAGAAUUUGCACAAAGGCUGCUGAAUCUGCUGCUUAUGUUCAAGCUCAGUAUCAGUGAAUUGUUUGAAUAGUUAAUUUGGUUUGAGUUUCAGACCAUCCUGUUUGAGUUCACGCACGCCAGUGGUGAAACAGUUACCCAAGUAAUGACUUGAUUACAAUUUUGAUAAUCGUUUUAGUCAUUUGACAAGUAAAAAUAUCAAACAUCUGCUGCUUAAAGCUUCACAAAGUCUAAGGUUUUCUGUUUUUUUUUUUUUUCUUUAUUCUGUUUCAUAUCAAAAUGGUGAGGUUUGACUGCUGGUCAGGAUCUGGUAACUUUUAAUGGGUAUUUGUCACAAUUGUCAACAUUUAAGACUAAACAAUGAAUGGAUUAAUUAAAGAAAUCCCAAUGUAAGCCGUUAUCAGCUGUAGCCCUAACGCCCACCAUCACAGAUGCUGUUCAAAUGCUGUCAUCUCCUAUUUUUUUAUAGAUUUAAUUUAUGUUGCUGAUUUUGUUCAUGUUUGAAAAAUUAAAAUGUUUGCUGUUAUUCCAAAAAGUUGUUGAACCUUGUUCAAAGUUGAACAAGCAAAGAAAUAAAAGCAUGAAACCUUCUCCCAGUAA